UAUGGAUAAACAUUACCCGCCAGUUUUUCUUUGUUACGACUGACCAUUAUCUGAUCGCUCUUUUCCAAAUUUCCAUGACCCAGUUCUCAAUAUAUAUUGAAGAUUAAAUUCCUUAUUUCUCUCCAAAUAAAUUUGAUAUUCUCUAGAACAUAAUAUCUUCGUUAUUAUCAAUCAAUUUUUAUAAAUUCAAUUAUUUAUUUUUCUGAGAAAAAUGAGGAACGGAGAAGUUGAUGAAAUUUCAAAUACUUCAUCAUCAGAAUUAUCAUCAGUAAAGCCACUCGUGUUUGCUUAUUAUAUUACUGGUCAUGGAUUUGGUCAUGCCACUCGUGUUGUUGAGGUUGCUCGGCAUCUUAUUGCGGCUGGUCAUGACGUACACUUGGUUACUGGUGCUCCAGAAUUUGUUUUUACUUCCGAAAUACAAUCCCCACGGUUAUUCAUUCGCAAGGUUCUGUUGGAUUGUGGAGCUGUACAAGCUGAUGCUCUAACAGUGGAUCGCCUUGCCUCCUUACAAAAGUAUUCGGAGACAGCUGUAGCACCUCGAGCUUCUAUUUUGGCUACAGAAGUGGAGUGGUUGAACUCCAUCAACGCUGAUUUAGUGAUUUCUGAUGUCGUUCCUGUUGCGUGCCGGGCAGCAGCAGAUGCUGGGAUUCGUUCAGUUUGUGUCACCAAUUUCAGUUGGGACUUCAUCUAUGCUGAAUAUGUUAUGGCUGCUGGAUAUCACCAUCGCUCAAUAGUUUGGCAGAUAGCUGAAGAUUAUUCUCACUGUGAAUUCCUGAUUCGCCUUCCUGGAUACUGUCCGAUGCCUGCUUUUCGUGAUGUUAUUGACGUACCUCUUGUUGUUAGGAGGCUACACAAAUCCCGAACAGAGGUGAGGAAGGAGCUUGGAAUUGGGGAAGAUGUAAAGCUAGUUAUUUUCAACUUUGGUGGACAGCCAGCUGGCUGGAAACUGAAAGAGGAGUAUUUACCUGCUGGUUGGUUGUGUCUGGUAUGUGGAGCAUCCGAAAAUCAAGAACUUCCUUCGAACUUUAUAAGGCUUGCAAAAGAUGUGUACACUCCAGAUUUGAUGGCAGCCUCUGAUUGCAUGCUUGGAAAAAUUGGGUAUGGUACAGUUAGUGAAGCUCUGGCAUACAGGUUGCCUUUUGUAUUUGUUCGCAGAGAUUAUUUCAACGAAGAGCCAUUUUUGAGAAAUAUGCUUGAGUAUUAUCAAGGAGGUGUUGAGAUGAUCAGGAGGGAUUUGCUUACUGGACAUUGGGCUGCUUACCUUGAAAGGGCAAUAAGCUUAAAGCCGUGCUAUGAAGGAGGCAUCAAUGGUGGCGAGGUUGCUGCUCGCAUACUUCAGGAUACAGCUAUUGGAAAAAAUUAUGCUUCAGAUAAGUUAAGUGGCGCAAGGAGAUUGCGUGAUGCCAUAGUCCUGGGAUAUCAACUGCAAAGGGCGCCUGGUAGAGAUGCAGAUAUUCCUGAGUGGUAUGCACUGGCUGAAAAUGAAUUCGGCCUUCGCACUGGGUCACCCAGUGCUGAGAUGAGCGAGAAAAGUUCUCUUUCGACUACAUAUGUUCAAGAAUUUGAGAUACUUCAUGGAGAUCAUCAUGGUCUGCCCGAUACUAUGAACUUCUUACGGAGCUUAGCACGACUGGAUACAGAAUUUGACUUGGGAAAGAAUCCUGAGAAGCGUAAAAUGCGAGAGCGUAUUGCAGCCGCAGGAAUUUUCAAUUGGGAGGAAGAUAUCUUUGUUGCAAGAGCUCCAGGGAGGUUGGAUGUAAUGGGAGGAAUUGCAGACUAUUCAGGAAGUAUGGUUUUGCAGAUGCCUAUUAGAGAAGCCUGUCAUGUGGCUGUACAAAGGACUCAUCCGACCAAGCAGAAGAUCUGGAAACAUGCCCAAGCUCGGCAACUUGCAAAAGGACAGGAGAUUACCCCUAUACUGCAAAUUGUAUCAUAUGGAUCUGAAUUGAGUAAUCGUGGACCGACCUUUGACAUGGAUAUAGCAGAUUUGAUGGAUGGUGAGCAGCCAAUGUCAUAUGAGAAGGCACAGAAGUUCUUUGCUCAAGACCCAUCCCAGAAGUGGGCGGCAUAUGUUGCAGGGACGAUUCUUGUUUUAAUGACUGAAUUAGGUGUUCGCUUUGAUGAUGGCAUAAGCAUACUUGUAUCUUCUGCUGUUCCAGAAGGCAAAGGUGUAUCUUCCUCUGCGGCGUUGGAGGUUGCUAGCAUGUCUGCACUUGCUGCUGCCCAUGGACUGAACAUCACGCCAAGAGAUCUCGCUUUGUUGUGUCAAAAGGUGGAAAAUCACAUUGUAGGAGCCCCAUGUGGUGUAAUGGAUCAGAUGACAUCAGCAUGUGGUGAAGCUAAUAAACUUCUUGCUAUGAUCUGCCAGCCAGCUGAGGUAUUGGGACUUGUGACUAUUCCAAACCAUAUUCGGUUCUGGGGCAUUGAUUCUGGAAUCCGACAUAGCAUUGGUGGUGCAGACUAUGGUUCUGUAAGAAUAGGAUCUUUUAUGGGUCGAAAGAUGAUAAAGUCUAUCGCGUCUUCAUAUUGUCGUUCUUCUUCGGGUGCUAAUCCACCCCAGCAGAUCAAUGGGAUAAAUCCCGAUGACAUUGAAGAAGAUGGUUUCGAAUUAUUUGAAGAUGAAGCUUCGCUCAACUAUUUAUGCAACCUGUCACCCCACAGAUAUGAAUCUAUAUACUCCAAGAGGCUUCCUGAAUCUAUUCUUGGUGAGAUCUUUUUGGAGAAGUACUCUGAUCACAAUGAUUCGGUAACAGUUAUUGAUCCGAAACGCAGCUAUGGAGUGACAGCACCAACCCGCCAUCCUAUCUAUGAAAAUUUCCGUGUCAAGGCAUUUAAAGCGCUAUUACCAGCUGUCUCCUCAAACGAUCAGCUUUCAACUCUUGGAGAACUCAUGUAUCAGUGUCAUUAUAGCUAUGGUGCGUGUGGGCUUGGGUCAGAUGGAACAGAUAGAUUGGUCCAAUUGGUGCAAGAAAUACAGCAUAGUAAGCGAUCUAAAUCUGAAAAUGGGACAUUGUUUGGUGCCAAAAUUACGGGCGGAGGCUCGGGUGGUUCAGUUUGUGUUAUAGGAAGGAACUGUCUCCGAAGCAGCGAACAAAUACUAGAGGUUCAGCAGAGAUACAAAGCUGCAACAGGAUACAUGCCGUUCAUUUUCGAAGGUUCAUCCCCAGGAGCAGGAAAGUUCGGAUAUCUGAAAAUCCGUCGCCGGUUUCACUCAGCCCAAAACUAGUUACCUGCACAUCUACCCUCCUUGUAUAUGUCCCGCCUUUCUAAAUAAUUCUUAACAGAAAAUCAAGGUAUAAAACAGCACGAUUAAAUCAGAAUCGCGUAAUAAAGGAAGAAAAAUAUACUUGACAAAAGUAUUCAGCUGUGUUGAGGACAAAUGUAGCAUUUUUAUGUUUAGGAUCUUGGUGUCCCUGCGUGGGUGAUGCUGUAAAUCGGCCUUUUUGGCCGGCAGUUGUGCGUUUCAGCACUUCUUCCUAAUGUAAGACAACUUCAGGUUUCUUCUUCAUAAGACACUGGGCUAUUUACUUGCAUUUUGCAAGAUUUGGCAUUGAAGGGAUUCUUUGGAUUAU